AUGUUCGCAUUCUUAAUGUUUUGUCGUGCAAAUCUUGUGGAGCGUUAUCGAGCUCUGUUUGUUCUAAGAAAUCUCGCAGAUGAUCGAGCUGUCCACUGGAUGGCGAAAUGUUUUGAUGAUACAUCAGCUUUAUUAAAACAUGAAGUAGCCUAUUGCCUUGGCCAAACGAAUAAUUUAACCGCAUUGCCUAUCCUUAAAACAGUUUUACAGGAUGAAAACCAAGAAAUAAUCGUUCGUCACGAGGCCGCUGAAGCUUUGGGAGCUAUAGGCGAUGAGUCUUCUGUCGCUAUAUUGCAGAAAUACGCGUAUGAUAAGCAACAAGAAUUGUUGGAGACAUGUCAGCUAGCACUGAAAAGAAUUGAAUGGCGGCUUGAACAGAAAGCAAUAGGAAAAGAUUUCAUUGACAGGAGCCCUUAUAAUUCAAUUGACCCAGCACCUGCUGCCGAAGAAAAUGAUGUUGAAUUGUUGGGGCAAUUGCUUUUGAAUCCAACCAAAUCGCUAUGGGAACGAUAUAGGGCCAUGUUUGCGCUACGAAAUAUUAAUACUGAUAAAUCUAUUGCAACUUUGGCUAAAGGGCUGCAGUGCAAAGAUAGCGCAUUGUUUCGACAUGAGGUUGCUUAUGCAUUAGGACAAGUAGCGUCCAAUGUUGCAUUCGAACAAUUGCGAUUAGGUUUGGAAAAUAUUGAUGAGAAUCCAAUGGUACGCCAUGAAUGUGCGGAAGCAUUGGGUUCGAUUGGUUCUCCUGACUGUGAAGCGCUGUUGACGAAAUUUCUCUGUGAUAAAGAGCAUGUUGUUAGAGAAAGUUGUGUUGUUGCAUUAGAUAUCGCCGAAUAUCGGAAUAGCGAUGAUAUUGGUUAUAUUGUGGAUUCAACAGCGGAAUCACCUUCGUGA